UACACCGUGUCAAACAGACUUACCUUAUAUGUUUACUUCAGUAAUACAAUGUGUAAAACAGACUUACCUUAUAUGUUUACUUCAGUAAUACACCGUGUCAAACAGGCUUACCUUAUAUGUUUACUUCAGUACUACACCGUGUCAAACAGACUUACCUUAUAUGUUUACUUCAGUAAUACACCGUGUCAAACAGACUUACCUUAUAUGUUUACUUCAGUAAUACACCGUGUCAAACAACAGACUUACCUUAUAUGUUUACUUCAGUACUACACCGUGUCAAACAGACUUACCUUGUAUGUUUACUUCAGUAAUACACCGUGUCAAACAGACUUACCUUGUAUGUUUACUUCAGUAAUGCACUGUGUAAAACAGACUUACCUUAUAUGCUUACUUCAGUAA